CGUGAGAUUCCAAGACUCGUCAAUCGCGACAGAGGUGAUACCCCAUGAAGUUACCCUCCCCUCACGUUCCCGAAAACCCCACACAACAGGCCUAGUCCGGCCCGUCUACGUCCGUCCGUCUACGUCAACCACCGCACCACCGGAAACGCCCAACACCACACUCCCACCCCACAGCAUACUCACACGCAACACACAAUGGGCGGCGGCGGUAAAAUUCCCUACCCACCCCACGUCUGGUCUCCAUCAGGAGGCUGGUACGGCCAGCCCAAGAACUGGCGCGCCAACACGGCGGUCAUGGCGCUCGUCAUCGUCGGCUUCACGGCUAUGGCCUGGAAGGCGUCUGCCAACCUCGAGGAGCGCUCAAGGAUGCCGGAUCCGGACAGGGUCUUUCCUAGUCGGAACUGGAGCAGGCAGAUAAUCGAGUUCGAGAAGGCGAAGCGCGAGGCUCAGGAAUAGAGGGUAAGGGAGGGGGGAAUGCUACGGGCUACAAGGAUUGGGUAGACCGGUGAAUACCGCAUGCGGGGGAUGGAAUACUACACUGCGAUGAUUCAUGGAAUAUGCGCUGCUACGAUUGGAACUUGGUGACUGAGUGCUUGGACAAACUGGUAACGGGGUGUAUGGAGGCUGGAGGUGAAAUUACAAUCGCGUGCUACUUCAAGAUCCGGAUAUACCGAG